GACCCGGAAGUAAACAGCACAAGGUGCUAGCAGCGUUAGCUUGUUAGCAGGCUAGCAGCGUUAGCUUGUGUUGAGAGGUCGGUGGUGUUUUGUUGGGACGUUUUUGAGGUUUUUGGACAGAAAGGACGAUACGUGGUUCGUGUGGGAACUCUCAGCAUUUUCCAAAGUGUCGUAAAUGAGUGAAGAAGUGUUGAACGGAAAGACAACGUGGAUUGCUGUGAUUGUGAGACUAGCAGAUGAUCGAUCGGAGCUGCAGUGAAGAGGACGGCGGUGUUUGUGGGAGUUGGAGCUGAAGAUCGGAGCAGGAACCAUGUCUUCAGAACCUCAGGAAGGUUCUGUCAGAGAACAACUUUCUGCUGCUGAAGGAACCAUCGUCCAGAACGAGGAGGAGCUCUGUCGUCAGCGCAGACUGCUGGAUAGCAGCUGGAACCCUCAGCUUCAGCUACACGUAGUUGUCCUCCCUCAGCAUUAUGCGAGUGAAGAGGAUCUUUGCAACCAACAGAGGAAUUUAAGAGUGGAACAGGAGAAACCAGAGCCUCCUCAAAUGAAAGAGGAAAAUGGAGAACCAGAACUUUCAUUGAUUAAAGAGGAACAUGGAGAAACAGAACCUCCACAGAUUAAAAAGGAAUCAGAACCACCACAGAUGAAAAUGGAGCCAGAGGAACCAGAACCUCCACAAAUUAAAGAGGAACCUGGAGAGCUCUUCAUCAGUCAGGAUGAAAAUCAGCUUGAUCUGAAGCAGGAGACUGAUACCUUGAUUGAGAUUCCUACUUAUGAGGAAGAUAAGAACAUUGAAGCAGAUCUAAACAAUCAGCAAAACUUUAAUGUAACUGGUAGUCAAGAUGAAAAAGGAAACCAACAUGAAGAAUCAAUAUCAACCACACAUGUAGAGACAGACCCACAGAACAGAGAUCAGAUGAAGAAUUUGAGUUAUUUGUCUCUUCUCAAAACACACAUUAGACAUAAAGGAGAGAAGCCUUUUUUGUGUAAAGAAUGUAAAAAAAGUUAUAGUUAUUUAUCUCGUCUGAAAACACACAUGAGAACUUGCACAGGAGAGAAGCCUUUUAUGUGUAAAGAAUGUAAAAAAAGAUUUAGUUAUUUGUCUAGUCUGAAAAUACACAUGGUAACUCACACAGAAGAGAAGCCUUUUUCUUGUAAAGAAUGUGAUAAAUGUUUUAGUUCUGGAUAUAGCCUCAAAGCUCACAUGAUAACUCAUACAGGAGAGAAGCCAUUUUCUUGUAAAGAAUGUGAUAAAUGUUUUAGUUAUUUAUCUGCUCUCAAAACACAUAUGAGAAUUCACACAGGAGAGAAGCCUUUUCCUUGUACAAAAUGUAAAAAAACAUUUAAUCAAACAUCUAGUCUCAAAAGUCACAUGAGAACUCACACAAGCGAGAAACCUUUUUCUUGUAAACACUGUGAUAAACGUUUCCGCUCUGUAUUUAGUGUCAAAGCACACAUGAGAACUCAUACAGGAGAGAAGCCUUUUUCUUGUAAAGAAUGUGAAAAAAGUUUUUUUUUUUUAUCUCUUCUAAAAACACACAUAAGAACUCACACAGGAGAGAAGCCUUUUUCUUGUAACGAAUGUGAUAAAUGUUUUAGUUCUGGAUCUAGCCUCAAAGCUCACAUGAGAACUCAUACAGGAGAGAAGCCUUUUUCUUGUAAAGAAUGUGAUUCUAGUUUUAGUCAUUUGUCUGGUCUCAAAGCACACACCAGAAAUCACACAGGAGAAAAGAUUUUGUCUUGUAAAGAAUGUGAUAAAAGUUUUAGUUAUUUAACUUGUCUCAACAAACACAUGAGAACUCACACAGGAGACAGGCCUUUUUCUUGUAACGAAUGUGAUAAAUGUUUUAGGCAUGUAUCUCAUCUCAAAGCUCACAUGAGAACUCAUACAGGAGAGAAGCCUUUUUCUUGUAAAGAAUGUGAUUCUAGUUUUAGGUAUUUAUCUUCUCUCAAAAAACACAUGAGAACUCACACAGGAGAGAAACGUGUUUCAUGUACAAAAUAUAAAAAUAAAAAUUAAUUAAACAUCUCAUCUCAAAAACACACAUAACUCACACAGGAGAUACUUUUUUUGUUUAAAGAAUGUGAUACACGUUUUAGUACUGUAUAUAAUCUCAAAAGACACACAAAAAACUCACAGUAGAGAAUACUUUUUUUGCGUAAAGAAAAUUUUAGUGAAAUGUCUAGUCUCAAAAGACCCUUUUGUGAAAAGUAUGUGAUAAUAUAUUUUGUGUUGUUUCUGACCUGUAAACAUGAGAAUUCAUACAGAAGAGAAACUGACCUGAGGUCAGCUAUCAAAGCAGCCUGAUCUUUCAUUAAAUGUACACAGGCUGGUGGCCUUCAUAACACAUUGAUGCAUUUAUUCAGU